UUUUUGUUUCUCUUUAUUCCCUGUUCAUCAUGCCUGAGCCAGCCAAGUCCGCGCCCGCCCCGAAGAAGGGCUCCAAGAAGGCGGUGACCAAGGCGCAGAAGAAGGACGGUAAGAAGCGCAAGCGCAGCCGCAAGGAGAGCUACUCGGUGUACGUGUACAAGGUGCUGAAGCAAGUGCACCCCGACACGGGCAUCUCCUCGAAGGCCAUGGGCAUCAUGAACUCGUUCGUGAACGACAUCUUCGAGCGCAUCGCGGGCGAGGCGUCGCGCCUGGCGCAUUACAACAAGCGCUCGACCAUCACGUCCCGGGAGAUCCAGACGGCCGUGCGCCUGCUGCUGCCCGGGGAGCUGGCCAAGCACGCCGUGUCCGAGGGCACCAAGGCCGUCACCAAGUACACCAGCUCCAAGUGAGUUCUUCUAACUCACUCCUGACCCAAAGGCUCUUUUCAGAGCCACUCAAAA